AUGCGUCUCGAUGCACAAGAAUCUGAUGACGACGAUUCCGAUGAGGAAUGGGAUCCGUCCGAUCGAGUCAGCCAGCGAGAUAUAGCUCGCAUAAGACUGGCGAAUGAGCUAGACCCAUGGGAACGUUGGGAAAAUGCAUGUCAUUCACGAGCCUGGAGGCCUGUUCAUCGGGCUCGGUCGGUUCUUCCUUCGUCAGCCUCAGCCUCGAGUACACCCAAACCAUCAUCGCACAAUAAUGAUCCCAGCAUUGACGAAGUCGAGAACAUCCUUGCACAGUUCCAAAUUCAGCAAAGUGAAGUUGAAAAGAAGGAAAGAGAAGGAUUCCAAAAACGAAAUACAAGCUUGUGGGAGGGGAUUGAGGCGGCCAUCCGACAGGCCGAGCAACGGACCGCAGAUGAGGCCCAACGCCUUGUCGAAGCGCGAAGAAAACAAGAGGAAGCUGAGGCCAAGGCGAGACGCGCCCGUGAAGAAGAACUGAAGCGAAUAGAUGCUGAAAAGCAGGCAGCUCGGGCGAAGCAACUCGAGGAAGAAGCAAAGGCGCGCGAACGGGCACAACAAGAUGAAAAUGAACGCCGAGCGAAUGUGUUCCGAGGUGGUUCUCACAUGUGGCCGGGUGCAAAGACUGAAUAUGCUCACUGGCAGGAGCGCAUGAAGUACGUUAAAGAAGAUGUACUCCCAAGCAUUGCGCAGCGUGCCGAUUGGCGGAAACAAUGCUUUACAGCGAAGCGCGCUAUCACACCCAAAGUUGGGCAGCUCACAAAUUCACAAACUGAAAUCAUGCGCAUCACAGUAGCUAUUUCUGAUAUUUUGCAGCAGGCGCGUGAUGUUCCAGACCACGAUGCUGCGACUCGUUUGUAUUACUGGAUGCUGAAUCAUCUAUCCAAAUGCCUCAUUCGACAGGCUGAACAAGAGGUCGCGGCUCGGCAGGAAACAGCUUUUCCACUUGCACGUCUAAUUAUGGGUCUUUUGCUACGAGGUCACGCGGCCUUGGGUGAUGUGUUCAUGGCUCGUCUCGUGAAAAAGUGUCCGUGGGUUUUAGCGUAUAUACCCGAGCGUGCAUCUCAGGACGAGGCGGUGUACCGAAGGCGCAUAGGCUUCAAGACCCCUGAUGAGACUAGCCAAGCGUACGCGUCGCGUAUUGCUGGAAUUAUGGCUUUGUAUUUUGCAUGUAUCCAAACUUCGCUGGAAUCGGUAAUGGCUAGUGCAGCUCUGCCCACCAGCACACAGCUAAGUGAUGCUGCGAAGCAUAUACCAGUGGAGUUACGACCUGGUCGUCUCUGGACGUGGCAAUCGCGUUCUCUGACACCGCCAUUGGUCGAGCAAGGACUCAUAGUGUCUUUAUGGUGCACAUUCUUGGAGAUUGCAGGCCCUGUCAGCUUGCAGCGCUACAAACGACAAGGAACUAAGAUUCUGUCGUUAUUACUGGAGCAUGGCAUUUAUAAAAAACGUUUAGGAUCCAAGGAGGACAACGAGGUACAACAUGCAGCCUUUAUUCGCCUUACACUUAUUCUCGAAACAUGGAAAAUGAAGCAAACGCUUGUUGAACAUGUGUCACCAGGUCGUGAUAUGGAUCCUUGA